AUAAAAAAUAAAUUCUGUAGUUCUGUAAACAAUAACAAACGGAUAUUAAACCUACUGAUCGAAAUGGAAGUUUUUGUCCUCCCUAGUGAAUUUUCCAUCGUUUGUAGAACUUGUUUAUCUAAAAAUGAACCAUUGUCACCAUUAGAAGAGCAGAAUAAUAUUUUACAAAUAUUCACACAACUCACGAAAUUAGAGAUAAAUCAAUUGGACAGAUUGCCUCCAGGAAUUUGUUCCCUUUGUUUACAAACAUUUGAAAAUGUACAUCAUUUCAUUGAAAAAUGUAAAGCAUCCCAUGAGAUCUUAAAAUUAGCUUUGGAACGGGAAGUACUCAGUAAGAACAUAAAUGGAAAUCUGUCAAAUAAAAGUGAUCCAAAUCUUUCAAUUGAUAAUAAUUUUGAUGAUGAACUGCAUUGUGAUGAACAGGCACCUCAAGAAAAGAAGGAAAAUGAAGAUUUGAGCGCAAGUGAAAAUCAGGCUAAAGAAAAUGACUCGAUUAAAAAAUGGGUACAAUGUGAAUGUUGUGGUGAAAAAUUUGAACAGAGAAAGAAACUGAGGGAACAUUAUAGUCUGAACGAAACAUGCAUGAGAAAUCGAUUCAAAUGCAAUAUAUGUUCAAAAAUAUUUACCAAAAGAUUCAAGUUGCAAGCUCAUAUUAGGUGUCACACUAAGGAAUCUCCUUUUCAAUGCAAGAUAUGUUCUAAAACAUUUAGAUUCUCUCAAAACCUAAGGAGACAUCGGAAAACACAUGAAGGAAUUAAAUCAUUUGUAUGUCAUAUUUGUGAUAAAGGAUUCUCACGUGCAUUUGUGAAAGAAGAACAUUUAAGAACACAUACUGGUGAAACACCUUUUAUAUGUAAGUAUUGUGGAAAGAGUUUCAAACGAUACAAUAGUCACCGAACACAUGUAAUCAGACAUCAGUUGGAAACAGGAGAAUUGCCUGAACAUCAGAAAAUAAUUUAUGAAGAAAUGAAGUGUAGUAAAUGUGAUAAAAAAUUUUCCUCCAAGUCAGCACUCCGAACACAUGAGGUACUACAUACAGGUGAAAGAAUGUUUCUCUGUAAUGAUUGUGGAAAAAAAUUUUAUACUAAAGGGGCAUUGCAAAGUCAUUUUAAAGUUCACACAGGAAUUAAACCAUACAAAUGUUCUAAUUGUGACAAGUCAUUUUCUCAGAAAAGUGGAUUAAAGAAUCAUGUUCUUAUACACAUGGGUGUUAAACCAUACUCUUGCAAUUUGUGUAGCAAAUCAUUCGUUCAAAGUACUCAUUUAAAGAAUCACAUGAGAACACAUAGUGGAGAGAAACCUUAUAUUUGUUCAUAUUGUAAUAAAGGUUUUGCUCUGAAUUGCAAUCUCAAAGUGCAUAUAAGAACCCAUACUGGGGAAACCCCAUAUUGUUGUUCUAUCUGCAAUUUGGGCUUUUAUGAUUCUAGUACAUUGAAAAAACAUAAAAAAACACAUGAGCAGUUGCUGGAUUCAGUUGAGCAGAUUCAAGUGUAGAUUAAAAAAAACUGUAGCUACAUAAUAUUCCAAACUUUUUUUAAGCAUAAUUUUUUAUGUCACGAAAUUAGUAAUUGUAAUAAAACUUAAGCCUUCACAAAGACUAUUCAGUAAUCCCAUAGUGAGGAUAGGGGAUAUUUGAUGCAAGCCACUUUGAAUCCAUUAAAGUUAAUUAUCUCUAUCCAUGUGACAAAAUACAAAUAUUAUGUUUAUGUACUAUAUACCUUCAGAGAGUAUUGUUCAUCUUAGCAGUUGAUAGUUUUGAAAAAGUUAAUAAAUCAUUUAAAUUUG